CCGGAUUGUUAGCUGACAGUUUCUUGGACGACCUCUUCGAGAGCUCGAUGGCGCUUUUGACACAGCAUUGUAUAAUCGACAUGUGCAGUAGUUUCAUCUGUCAGUCUUCCCCAUGAUCAGAAGUAAUCGAAUGACUGGUCGCGGUAAAGGAGGAAAAGGACUCGGCAAAGGAGGCGCCAAACGUCAUCGCAAAGUUUUGCGUGACAACAUCCAGGGAAUCACCAAGCCGGCCAUCCGUCGUCUUGCCCGUCGUGGUGGUGUGAAGCGUAUCUCUGGUCUCAUCUACGAGGAAACCCGUGGUGUUUUAAAGGUGUUUCUCGAGAACGUGAUUCGUGACGCCGUCACCUACACUGAACACGCCAAGAGGAAGACUGUGACGGCCAUGGAUGUCGUCUACGCACUGAAACGCCAGGGCCGCACUCUGUACGGCUUCGGCGGUUAAACAAUUAUUUUCAUUUAGACUCCGAUCUCAAUUCAAUCGGCCCUUUUCAGGG